GUGUGAAAGAAAACAUUCAGUUGAGUGGAUCAGUUUUCAAUCGAGAAGCUUUCAUAAUUGAGCAAAAUUGAUUUAAUCAUUGUUAGAAAUUAAUUUUCAAAGAUAAUAAAAAAAAUUGUGUCCAAGUGAACCGAACUUUAAAUAUUAACAGUUAAAAAGGCAUCUUUUAAUAUUUACAGCUUAAAUAUAGUUAUAAAUACGUCAAUAAAAUAUAAAAUUGAUCAACGAAGCACUUCAACGAGAACAUUUUCAGUUUAAAAUGGAAUUGGAAGCUGAAAGAAUUUCACCAACAUUGAACUCGCGUUACUUAAAUACUUACAUUACAAAUCCUACGGAUAUUUAUCAUCAAAAUUAUCACUCACCACGUCAGAACACGCAAAGCUUUUAUUCGGCAUUGGAGACAGAUCGCAAUUACUUGAAGCGACAUUACUAUGUGAAAGAUGACGAAAAUGAUGAAAGGGAACGAAAAUAUGAAAAGCUCGUAGAUCAGCAGGUUUAUCCUCAUCCUUAUCAAACGAAUGAAAUUUAUGAUUCCUAUAACAAUAACACAAUGUAUCCUGAAGUUCCUCAGGAGCGUAGCGCCACAGACGAUAGCAACAGCAUAGUUUUGACAAAUAACAACAGUAACGACAAUUAUCCAAUAAAUUCUUCACCAACCACUUCAAUUGAAGAUACUUCUGAUAAAAUCACUGACAGUCCGAAAAGUGUUGCUAGUGGCAAGAAAACGAAAGGUCGAGUAAAGAUUAAAAUGGAAUAUAUUGAAAAUAAGCUGAGACGCUAUACAACUUUUUCUAAGAGAAAAACCGGGAUAAUGAAAAAGGCUUACGAGCUGUCAACUCUCACGGGAACGCAAGUAAUGUUACUUGUAGCUUCAGAAACUGGUCAUGUAUAUACUUUCGCCACAAGAAAGCUCCAGCCUAUGAUAACAUCAGAUGCGGGAAAACAAUUAAUUCAAACAUGUCUUAAUAGCCCGGAAAGUGGUGAAACUUCAAGCAACAAUCCUGUGGUUGUAAACGAACAGCGAAUGUCAGCAACAGGAUUUGAAGAAACCGAAUUGUCUUUUGAUAUUUGCAACGAAUUAAAUGAUCUUCCAGAAAAACAAAAAUUUUUAUUUCCUAUCGAUUUUGACUUGAGUGACUUUCUUUGAACUUUGUUAACGGAAGAAAACAAUUUGGAAUAUAUUUUAUAUCACUGAUGGUUUAAACAUCAUUAAGUGAAUAAUUUUAUCUUAAAAGUCUUAAGGAUGUGCCCUCAAUGACUAUAGAAGCCAGUAAUUAUUAAGGAAUUAUUCUUCUAAAUCCAUAUCGCUCCAUUAAAAGAGACACCGAAUUGGAUUGGAUAUUAUAACAUUUUAUUGAAUGAUUCCUUAAGGUAUGCAGCAGACACGAUUUAAUAAGAUGCGAGUUUUUCAAAAGGAUUGAGCAGCUAUUGGAAUUUUGGCUUCAAAUACGAAAUUGAAUAAUUUUAUUUUUUAAUUAUGAUUCCUGACACAAUUUAAAAGCACAAACAUACUUACAACAUAUUUAUUUGAUGGAAGGAAUAUUAUUGUAAAUAGAGAAGCAUAUUUCCACAAAUGUAAAUUCUAUG